AUGGGAGCUGCCACAUCAGUCCAUCAUGAACUCCCAAUAUUCCUCAAUUUACUGGUUCUUUUGGCAGAGGGGUGGCAUGAUUUGGAUAACACCGAUUAUGACUGCUGGCCCCUGGAGAAGCCAGAUGAGUAUAACAUGCUGGAUUGUGGAGGACUGGAGAUGGCAUGGGUUCAGAGGCCUCCAGAAAAAGUCAUCAGUGGGCAGUCUUUCGAUGCAGUCUAUGCUGUCUAUGCUUCUGAUCACUUUUAUCAUUAUGCUGUGGAAAACGACAUCCUCUCUCACAGUGAUGCAACUGCUGCUAAGAGAUUUUGUGAAGAACAGGAGUGUCCGCCAAAUUGGAAGGAUGCUAACGGAGAGAACUGCUGUGUCCAUCAUGCAAACAUACAUUCUUGUCCCUUGACCUUCAUGGUUAGUACCAGUGGCAUUUGUGGACCCUGGAUUCCAGAUGAUGGCCAAAUAUUCACUCACACUAUAUCUACUGCUGGCAAAAUGACGCAGAAAAACUGGACUGCAAAGGUUGUCCUGGUGCAUGUUGGGAUCACUUCGCUCAUUGCACACAUCAGAGUUGGAAGAAUGCAAGCGGCUUUGGAAGCCCAAACCAUGGUGCUUCCUGCAGUAGUCUGUGGGGAUGACAUUUGUGAAGAUGAUGAGACUUGUUCCACAUGUCCUGCUGAUUGUGGCGAAUGUCCACUGACAACUGAUGUCAGGAUAGCAAUUGCCUUACCAGUCUGUUUGGUCUGCACUGGCUUCGUUCUGACAGUCAUGUGGUUCCAGUACCAAAAGCAAAAAAUGUUUUGGGAUGAAAGCUGGAUUAUAGACUUCAGCUCCAUCAAACAAGAUGCUGUGACAAGAAUGGCAGUGGGGAGCACCUUGAGUGUCCCACAUGCCCCCAGCGCCUCCAACACCAGCUGCCUCACAACACUGAGUUCCUGUACCGCAACUGCAAAUGCCGCUAAGGCAAACUACUUCACACAGACUGGGAUCUAUGAUGGUAGAACAGUAGCCAUCAAAAAAAUAAGGAACAAGACGUUUGCCCUCACAAAGACCAUACGUAAAGAAGUCAAGCAAGUAAGAGAAUUAGAUCACCCCAAUCUUUGCAAAUUCAUUGGCGGUUGCACUGAGGGACCAUAUAUUGCCAUAAUAACUGAGUACUGCCCUAAAGGAAGUUUGAAUGAUGUGCUGCUUAAUGAAGACAUCCCUCUAAACUGGGGUUUCAGGCUUUCUUUUGCCACUGAUAUUGCCCAGGGAAUGGCUUACCUUCACCAGCAUAGGAUUUAUCAUGGACGCUUGAAGUCCACCAACUCUGUCAUUGAUGACCGUUGGGUUUGUAAGAUUUCAGACUAUGGCUUACAGUCCUAUAGAAAAGAAGAUUCUUUGAUGGAUUCCAACAUCCCUCAUCAGUACCGCAUGCAAAUAUAUCUGCCCCCCGAAGCUCUCUCUGUCCCAAACUUUGAACCAACUCCAGCUUCAGAUGUGUACAGCUAUGCCAUCAUUUUGCUGGAAAUAGCAACAAGAAGUGACCCAGCUCUGAGAGAUGAUACACAUUCAGAAGAAUAUUCUUUAUGCCCGCCUUUGUCAGAAUUAAUAUCAGCCAAAACUGAGAAUGCUUGUCCAUGCCCUACAGAAUACAUAGAGCUCAUCAGGAGGUGUCAAAAAAGCAAUCCAACAGAAAGGCUUACCUUUGAGCAAGUCAAGAAGUUGUUGCAUAAGAUGAACCCGAACAAAGUUAGCCCAGUGGACAUGAUGAUGACUUUGAUGGAGAAAUACAGUAAACACCUGGAAGUUUUAGUAGCAGAAAGGACGCAAGACUUAAUGCAUGAAAAGCAGAAGACAGACCGUUUGUUGUAUAGCAUGUUACCAAAACAGGUGGCGGAUGAUUUAAGGCAAGGGAAACCCUCACAGGCUCAAAGUUACAUUAACUCCACCAUCUUUUUCAGUGACAUUGUCGGCUUCACACAGCUCUCUAGCACCAGUACACCUUAUGAAGUGGUUGACUUCCUCAAUAAACUCUACACAACCUUUGAUGAAAUCAUAGAUAAUUAUGAUGUCUACAAGGUGGAAACAAUAGGAGAUGCUUACAUGGUUGUGUCAGGAGUGCCCAAAGAGAAUGGUAUUUGCCAUGCCAGUGAAAUAGCAAGUAUGGCUCUGGACCUUGUCUCAGUAUGCAGGUCAUUUAGGAUUCCACAUAAGCCAAACACCCAGCUAAAGAUCCGAGCAGGAAUCCAUUCAGGGCCAGUUGUGGCAGGUGUUGUUGGAACAAAAAUGCCUCGAUAUUGUUUGUUUGGGGACACUGUCAACACAGCUUCCAGGAUGGAGUCUACCAGUGAAGCUCUCAAAAUACAGUGCAGUUCAAACACGUACCAGCUGUUGGAACAGAUUGGAGAGUACAUAUUAGUGUGCCGAGGGAAUUUACAAGUCAAGGGGAAAGGUGACAUGAUAACGUACUGGUUGGAAGGAAAGAAAUCUGGGACAAUUCCAAAGAAGGCAUCCAGCCCUUCUGCACCUUCUCAAACCACCAAGCAGAGUGCUUUCAGUGUCAUGCCAGCUGUUGUGUAGAAUGACCCACUUU